GCCAAGAAAAGUUCGCCACGUCAAGAAUUCUCAGUCUCACUCCCCUAUUUAAAUGCUAGCAACUAAAGAUUUUAUUCACAAGUUACGACGAUUUCUUUCCUCCUCUUCUUCUUCGAUUAUAGCUGUGUUGCUCGAAAAUGGCCAUGAAACGUGCUGCUACUUCUGUGAUUCGCGCUUUCACUUCCUCAUCUGCAAUUUCCGGCUCUUCAAUUCUCGCUAGAGACCUCCAUGCUUCUGCAGGGAGCAAAAAAAUUGUCGGGGUUUUCUACAAGGCCAAUGAAUAUGCUUCAAAGAAUCCCAAUUUUGUGGGAUGUGUAGAAGGAGCUUUGGGCAUACGUGACUGGCUGGAAUCACAAGGCCAUCAAUACAUUGUCACUGAUGACAAAGAAGGGCCUGAUUGUGAACUUGAAAAGCAUAUUCCUGAUCUCCAUGUCCUCAUAAGUACCCCAUUCCACCCUGCUUAUGUUACGGCAGAAAGGAUCAAAAAAGCCAAAAACUUGCAAUUGCUCCUUACAGCUGGAAUUGGCUCAGAUCACAUCGAUUUGAAGGCUGCUGCAGCUGCAGGGCUAACUGUUGCAGAGGUCACAGGAAGCAAUGUUGUUUCAGUUGCUGAAGAUGAGCUCAUGAGAAUUCUUAUUCUUGUCCGAAAUUUCUUACCUGGAUAUCAUCAAGUUAUCAGUGGUGAUUGGAAUGUAGCAGGCAUUGCUUACAGAGCCUAUGAUCUUGAGGGAAAGACAGUGGGAACUGUUGGUGCUGGACGCAUUGGUAGGCUUUUGCUGCAACGGUUGAAACCUUUCAACUGUAAUCUUCUGUAUCAUGAUCGAGUUAAGAUCGACCCAGAAUUGGAGACUCAGAUAGGAGCAAAAUUUGAGGAGGACCUUGAUACAAUGCUUCCCAAAUGUGACAUAAUUGUCAUCAACACACCUCUUACGGAGAAGACAAAGGGUUUGUUUAACAAAGAAAGGAUUGCAAAGUUGAAGAAAGGGGUUCUUAUUGUUAACAAUGCUCGAGGAGCAAUCAUGGAUACACAAGCAGUUGCUGAUGCUUGCUCUAGCGGACAUAUCGGAGGCUACAGUGGAGAUGUUUGGUAUCCACAACCUGCUCCAAAGGACCACCCAUGGCGUUACAUGCCAAAUCAAGCUAUGACUCCUCAUAUUUCUGGAACCACAAUUGAUGCGCAAUUGCGAUAUGCUGCUGGAGUUAAAGACAUGCUUGACAGAUACUUCAAGGGAGAAGAAUUUCCUCCACAGAAUUACAUUGUCAAGGAAGGGGAACUAGCACCUCAAUACAAGUGAGCAUUUCAAGGUCCCACAAUAAAUAACCCUAAUUGAGGUUUCCUGUUAUCCGUGAGAAAAUGAUGAGUAAGCUGUAAUGAGUGAAUGUAGGAUGGUUAUAAUCCAUCCUAAUGUUUAUGAUCUAUGCAUCUAUCUGUUUCUUAUUGUUGUGAAAUGAAUUUGUUAUUUCCCUCUACUUUGAUCAGAAUUGGCAUGUGAAAUUCAGUUGUCUUUCUUAA